GCUCAACUUUUUCAUUAUUUGCAUCAUUUGUAUAGAUAAUGUAAGUUCACUUUUCUAAGAAUGUCUAAGCCAAUUUCCUUAUUCUGAAGUCUGUCAGUUUGGUUUUGUCUGAGUGUGCUCAGUGAGUUAUGCACAUAUCUUCAUUUUGAUUUGUCAAAGGCAAAGCCAGUGCAAUUCUAGAUCUGCAGAUUGUCAUACAUGUAUUAUUUUGUGGAGAGGCAUAAACAAAUAAUUUUUUUUACCCAUCUAGAUAAUGUAAAGGUCAGCCUAAAAGGAAUCCAUAAGUUCCAGAAUCUCCUUAUUUUACACAAUCUGAAUGGGACAACAGUGACAUAAAGAAAUGUUAUUGAACCUCUUUUAAAACCUAUAAGGUAUGGUUAAAGCAUUUUUUUUUCAACGUAGGAAGUCAGAAAAUUAAAAGGCCAAACGAAACAAACGGUCGAUUUGACGUCAUGCCUGCUUGUGUCACGCGAUCGCUUUUUCCCGGCUGUGACGUCACCGCUAUGACAACCAAUUACAAUUUAAAGCAAAAGAAAAAAAAAAUUCCGACGCGGAAGUGGCAAGAUGGCACCGAGCGGUUUGAAGGCGGUGGUGGGAGAGAAAAUCCUGAAUGGAGUGGUCAAAAGUGUGAAGAAGGAUGGAGAAUGGAAGGUGCUGAUUGUAGAUCACAUCAGCAUGCGGAUCCUGUCUUCCUGUUGCAAGAUGUCAGACAUCAUGGCAGAGGGAGUCACUAUUGUGGAGGACAUCAACAAGCGCAGGGAGCCCAUCUCCAGCCUAGAGGCCAUAUACCUCAUCUCUCCUGUGGAGAAGUCGGUUAAUGCUCUCAUCAAUGACUUCAAAGACACAGCCUUCACCUACAAGGCAGCACACGUGUUCUUCACUGAUAUUUGUCCAGAUGGUCUUUUCAGUCAGAUCGCCAAAACCAGAGUGGCCCGUUCCAUUAAGACCCUGAAGGAGAUCAAUGUGGCCUUUCUGCCAUAUGAGUCCCAGGUAUACUCUCUGGAUGACCCCAGCUCCUUCAAGGUGUUCUAUGGCCAGGUCUCAAAGGACGAGCGAAACAGGAGGUUGGAAGCACUAGCUGAGCAGAUUGCGACCCUCUGUGAUACCCUGAAGGAGUACCCUGCUGUCCGCUACCGCCAGGGAGCUGAGGAGACUCUCGCCUUGGCUGAGAUGGUGCAGGACCGACUGAAUGCACACAAAGCAGACAACCCCAGCAUGGGGGAGGGAGCUGACAACGCAGGGUCUCAGCUAUUGAUUGUGGACCGUGGGUAUGACCCUAUUUCACCAAUCCUGCAUGAGCUGACCUUCCAGGCCAUGGUCUAUGAUCUUCUGGACAUUCAAGGAGACAUCUACAAGUACCAAACAACAGGUCUUGGGGAAUCGCGUGAGAAAGAGGUUCUCCUUGAUGAAGACGAUGAGCUCUGGGUUCAGCUGAGGCACAUGCACAUCGCUGAUGUCACAAAGAAGGUAACAGAAUUGCUGCGGAACUUUUGUGAAAGCAAGAGAAUGUCCACAGAGAAGGCCAACAUCAAAGACCUUUCUCAGAUGCUGAAGAAGAUGCCUCAGUAUCAGAAGGAGCUGAGUCUGUACUCAACUCACCUCCACCUUGCUGAGGCCUGCAUGAAGAAGUUCAAAGCAAAUCUGGACAAGCUUUGUGAAGUUGAGCAGGACCUGGCAAAGGGGACAGAUGCUGAGGGUGAGCCCAUCAAGGAUGCUAUGAAGAGCAUUGUCCCGGUGCUGCUCAACAAUGACAUACAGCCCUACGACAAGAUUCGCAUCAUCCUGCUCUAUAUAUUCCACAAGAAAAAAGGCAUUGGUGAGGAGAACCUGACCAAGCUCAUCCAGCAUGCCAAUGUUCAACAGGACAGCCAUAUUGUUACCAACCUCCAGCGUUUAGGCUGCUCCAUCAUUGCAGGGGGGGCCAACUCCGGGAACGUCCCACCAGUUAGAAAGGAGCGCACGGAGAGCACCUACCAACUUUCCCGAUGGACACCUGUUAUCAAGGAUGUGAUGGAGAAUGCUAUAGAGGACAAGCUGGAUAAAAAGCUGUGGCCGUUCAUUUCUGAACAUGCUCCAGUGACUACCAAAAAGACUGUUGUCAGUGCACGAGUUGGACACUGGCACAAGAACAAGACGGCAGCAGAGUACCGCAGUGGCCCACGUCUCAUUGUCUUUGUGAUUGGGGGUGUGUCCCACUCGGAGAUGCGGAGUGCGUAUGAGGUCACCCGUGCCACUGAUGCCAAGUGGGAAGUGUUGAUUGGCUCCUCUCACAUUCUCACACCAACCAGCUUCCUGGACAGCCUGAAAAAUUUGGAUGAGCCCUCCCAGGUCUCAUAGUCCAACCUCUGUGCCCUGGCGUUGGUAUUGUGUGUCUGCUUGUUGACCUUCUUACACAGUGCACUCAAUUGAAUGUAAUGGUCACACGCAGUUUCUGCCAGCUUCCUCUGACUUGCAUCCCAAAUCAACCAUGUCAAAAUUCAGUGGGCAUCCACUAGUUGCCCCUCCAGGUUGAACUCCACCCAAGGACACUGUGAAAGGGAAUAAAUGGUUCUUCUGCACCACGUGCAGUCACCAUGGCAGCAUCAUUGAUUAGUGCAUGUAUAAAUGCUCCACAGUUGCAGCUGGUGUGGUGCAUGAUGAAAUGCCACAAUCAUGUCUGAAACUGCUUCAUUUGUUGUGAAUUGCUGUGUAAAGUUCAUAUGUAACAGAUUUUCAUUUAGUUCUAACAAUAUCUGCAAAUAUACCAAAGUAUGUGUUCUUGAUCUGUUUUGCUCCUUGAAAUGGCAGUGUCUGAACUGUGGUCUUUACACUGUCAUCCACGCUAUGGACAUCUAACCUGUUCUGUAUAGGCCUUUCUGCCAGUACUGGGUCACUUUUGUAAGUUAAAUAAUAUUUUAACGUGUAUCUUGUGAUUGAUCAGUGCAUUCCUAAUUCCACUGAAAUUUCUGGAAUCAACAUGUGGCGCAGCUUGUGCCUUUGUAAAUCUUUACAGAUGUUAAUCGUUCUUGUGUACCCACUUCUCACGGUGAAAAAGUGUUUGCAGUAGUCUUAAGCACAUUGUCUCCUUUUUUCAUGUGUUUAUUGCUUAAAUUUAUAGAAGUUCACAAAACUGAAAUGACUCUUGUAGACAAAGGUGUGUUUUUUUUUUUUUUUUUUUCGGUCAGUAGUUUUUUCUCCUCAGUUUUGAACUUUUCUUCCCACAAGUUAUGCACUUUCAUAAAUUGUGUUUAGGAAGGGCUGAAAUAAGUUUGUUGGGCCAGUUAAAAUAAACUAUAUGCACAUGGAAUUUGUUUCAAGUCUGCUAUAAAUUGCAUCUCAUGAAUAUGUUCACCAUGUUCAAAAAUGGCAGAGAAGUGAGUUGAGAACACAUUCAUCAACGGGGAUGCAUGGUGGCACAGCAGGCAGUGCUGCCUUCUCACAGCACCUGGACUGUUUGGGUGCAGGUUCAA